UACAAGUGUGUUCAGAAGUGGUGGUGGUGGUAGGGAGAGAGAUCUGUUUAAGCACAAUGUGUUCAGAAGUGGUGGUGGUGGUAGGGAGAGAGAUCUGUUUAAGCACAAUGUGUUCAGAAGUGGUGGUGGUGGUAGGGAGAGAGAUCUGUUUAAGCACAAUGUGUUCAGAAGUGGUGGUGGUGGUGGUAGGGAGAGAGAUCUGUUUAAGCACAAUGUGUUCAGAAGUGGUGGUGGUGGUAGGGAGAGAGAUCUGUUUAAGCACAAUGUGUUCAGAAGUGGUGGUGGUGGUAGGGAGAGAGAUCUGUUUAAGCACAAUGUGUUCAGAAGUGGUGGUGGUGGUAGGGAGAGAGAUCUGUUUAAGCACAAUGUGUUCAGAAGUGGUGGUGGUGGUGGUAGGGAGAGAGAUCUGUUUAAGCACAAUGUGUUCAGAAGUGGUGGUGGUGGUAGGGAGAGAGAUCUGUUUAAGCACAAUGUGUUCAGAAGUGGUGGUGGUGGUAGGGAGAGAGAUCUGUUUAAGCACAAUGUGUUCAGAAGUGGUGGUGGUGGUAGGGAGAGAGAUCUGUUUAAGCACAAUGUGUUCAGAAGUGGUGGUGGUGGUAGGGAGAGAGAUCUGUUUAAGCACAAUGUGUUCAGUUAA